AUGAAUAAUACAACAAGAUUAAUUGUUCACUUAAUUUUCGCCACGUUGACACUCUUCUACUUUAACUAAUGCAGAAAACUAGUUGAAAGAGGAGGAGGAUCUUUUUGGUAUAUUAUCUGGAAUUAGCAUGUUUUUUUGACCAAUUUAACACAUACUCUAGUUACUAUUUACUACAUAUAUGUCUUGUACUAAGAUAUAAUUAGAAUUUUAGGUGUUUCUAUUGAAAAGAAAGAGCAUUUCAACAAAUAUACAUACAGCCCUAUCACUCACACUUAUUUUUAGCUCGUAUUAAGUUUAUCAAUGAUAGUAGGGCUCGGAUACUGGUCUUUGAUGAUUGUUGAUCCUCAACUUUUGUGGGGUAAAAUUGAUCCUCAAACUAUGAAUGCAUAUUAUAUGAUGAGCUACUUGCAUGGUGGAAAUCACUUGCAUCUAUAUAUUGAAAUUUUUCUCUAUAAAUAGCAUGUCUUUAUCAAUAAAAAGCAAAAAUUCACAAUUGAUUUCAUGAUUCUUUCAGCAUACUUUACAAUCACGGCCAUUCAAUACUUUGUCUUUGGCAAAGUUGUCUAUAAUUUCUAGAAUGAAGGAUUAGCUGUUAUGAUUCCUAUAUACAUAUUAAGCACUCUAGCUUUUGCAGCUUUCGACUUUGGAUUCUUAGCAAUUUCAACUAAAAUAGGUUUAUAUGAUGUUUCUAUUGAUAAAGAGUAAAAAGAAGCUAUUAAAAAUGGAGAAUAAAAUACAGCUAAAAGUCAAAAAAAGAAUAAUUGA